AUGACGCCGACGAUGAUGACUCGACAUUGGUUUGACAUUGGUUCAAUGAAAACAACUCAACUCACAGUUUCGUUGACGGACAAGCUUACGUCGUUGAUGUCCCGGCCGGGGGGCGAUAAUGUCCAGAAAGAUGACGUCCCUUGGUGGAUGCGCUACGCUGGACGGGGGUUGGGGACGGUUGGAAGCUUCCUGGCUAUUCUCUUCGGGCUGCUCAACUGCACAGGCAUAUUCCUGCUGCAAGCAGGUUGCGUGAUAGCCGGCAUUUGGCAGAUGUUCGCGGGGUUCAUCGUGAUGGUCUGCGAGGCGCCCUGCUGCUGUUUCUUCAUAGACUACGUGCAAACGUUGUCUGAUAAAGUGGAGUCACGGCCUUAUUGGAAUAAGGCCGCUCUUUACAUUGGGGUGUCCUUGCCACCGUUCUUCCUGUGCUUCCUGAGCUUCAGCACGUGGAUAGGCAGCGGGCUCAUCUUCGCCACCGGCAUCAUCUACGGCAUGAUGGCGCUCGGCAAGAAAGGGUCGAUCGAAGACAUGCGGUCCUCAGCGGGCCUGGAGGCGGGCCUGGGCGCGCCGAGUGCCAAGCCGCGCGCGAACCUCGUCGCCAACGAGCAACCCGUCUCCAUCACCAUGCCCACCAAGCACUGACCGCUCCUGCCGCCUCGCACGCCUGCGGCAUCUACUACAAGCUCCUAACUCCACGGAGUCUCUGCGCGCCUGGUACCCAAAGUGUUAUUUUAACUAUAUACUCAGCCUUUAAUGCCCUGUUUUUAACAUUAAAUCCUGUCAAAGCUACGUGAUAUCCUUUUUUAUAGUGAAGUCUAACUAAGAAUAACUCCAUGUUAUUCGAAAAAAGCAGAUACUAUUUUCCAAUAUACAGAUUUUCUACCAGCUGCUUUAUUCAUGGUACUACUGUGUCGCGCAUAUUUGUGGUUUGGUAUUUUUCAUUAAGGAUUUCUUAUUUGAAACAGGGUUUAUAAUAAUUGUACCGUUCUAGUGAUGCGAUCGGGCUGGAAUAUAGACACACAACGUACCAAACACUUCGGGUCACCUGGACUCUGCGUCUCACGCGCUAAAUCCAGGUGCACCUGUGAUGUUAUAAAAGAGCAAAAACAGUUUUCUCGGACAUUUAUUGAAAAUGAUGAAUUUAUUGUAAAGUGUUUGUUCGAGAUUUUUUUAAUCAUUUAGCAUGCGUGAAAAAUGCACAUUCGGAGUUUGGGCUGGCUGAAACUUAAAAAAAAGUAGUGUUGCCAAUUAAGUGUCCUCCAAGUGUAGUAAAGCGAGUAUUGCCAACUUGAAUUUUUGUAGAAUGAUUUUAUUACAGUAUCAUAAUCUUCGUAAUGAAAAUAUUUGAUUCAUUUAUAAAGUAUCCCUUCAACAUAAAUAAUGGUAGGAAAAUAUUUUUAGUUUUGAUAAAACUUCUGAAUAAACAAAAAAGUUUCAGGCCUCGAUUUGAAAGUAAACUAGUUAGCGAGUAUUAGGUUAACGUUCUUUAAUGUAGACGAGGCUGUUAAUAGUUAACGUACGUGUAUGCCAAUCGAAGAAUCCAUGGCCUGUACAUACUACUAUCAGUAGUACAGAAUUUGGUACAGUUCAGUCACGUUGAGAUUGUCAUUACGUCAUUGUCGUAUCGCGGUGCUUCUCGCCUUAUGAUUGGUCACGUGAUGUCGUUGCCAUGCGAUUGGUUAGUUUAAAUUUUGAACAGAAUUCUUGAUCUACGUCUCCUUUUACGUCCAAAUUUUUGUGUGUUUGCGAGCGAAUAUGAAAUUUAACGGUAUAGAUUUUAAGGCGAAGCUACAUUUGUCACGCUUCUGUAUCGGGUGUCUAAUAGAAGAGUGUAUUGUAUGACAUAUCAACCCAUACAAUUCUUGUAGUUUGUGCAAAUAUAUAAGCCAUUGAUUCGCUAAGAAGUAUGGUGGUGUUCUUGAAGCAUCUAGAUAAAUAUGGCUUCAUCUUUUAAAGUAGAUUGGUAUUGGAAAAGACAACACGGCAUUUAAGAAGGAUUACGAUAGAGACUACGCCUCUUCGGAGGGCACAUUUUAGGGUUAGAUAGCGAAAUUUACUUGACAUUGAUGUAAGGUGUUUAUGUUAUUACCUUCCCCGUCGUAGCUAUACUUUUGUGAUAUAUUUACCUUAUCAACUUUGUGAGUUUGACCAGUUAACACAGACAUCGUGACUAUUGAAGAGAGAGAGAGAGAGAUACAAAAUUGACAAUUAAACAAUCGUGGUACCAAUUUUCAUCCAAUAUUCUGCGUUAAAUGGUCAAUAAAAAAAAAUGUAUAUGUAUAAUAUUAUCAUUCUUUGCUCUACCUAAAUGUAAUGAAGAAAGUUAGAGAUAGUCGUUGGUAACUGAACAUAUCACGUGCAUUCCAGAUUGAGCUCCAGGUUUCUGUUUCAUCUUAUUCUUUACGUUUGUAUAAGAGGAUUUGUGUCGCUCAGUUAGUCUCUGUGACGAGACUUUAUGUCGCGGCUGAAGUAGUACGAGUUAUCAUUGAACGUCACGGCAGGCGUGGGUGUAAAAAGAAUAAUAACAAAUUGCACUUUCAAUAAUAAAGUGAUGAAAAACGAAAAGUAACAUUACUGGGAAAUGACAGAAUAAAUUUAAUAGUAUAGUUUUUAUCGAGGGACUAAAACGAGCCAAUAUACACCCGAGGUAGUUAUUAUUCCGAGGGUUUAUAUUGGCUUUUAAUCGUCAGGUGAAAACUUUAUUCACUUCGAUUGCGAGAAAAAAUAAAAAUUAUUUCAAUCGUUUGGCUUUCCAACAAAAUCAUGAGCCAAAAUUCUUAAGUUUUAGCGGUAUUUUUUAAACAAAACGCCUUGAAUAGCGGUCGCUGUCAAUCAUGACGUCUUUCGAACGACGCAAGUGCUACGGCGCGAAACUACAAUGAUCCAUACAGAAACGCAUUAACGCGAGAAAAUAAUAUGGCGCCACCGUCAAUGCGGAAAAGGCACGGAACUAAAACCGAGCGUGGUCUUACAACGUAAUAUUUUCCUAAUGAAAAGGGUCCACACACAAGCACUUUUUUUCUAUUGAAUUUCCGCAGCGCAGCGAUCUUUGUGGAACAGUAGGUUUAUUUACUUUGAUGAAUUAUUAUAAUCUUAAAUCAUGUUAAAUUAUAAUUAUCUUUUUUUGUUUUUGUGAUUAUCUUAAGCGUUGUUUUAGUUGUAAUUAUGUAUAUUGAGAUGUUUUGCGAAAGAACUCCACUAGUUUUGUUAUGAUUAUAAAGAUCCAACACAGAAAAAUUUUCUUGGACCCGAUGAGAUUGGACUCAAGUACUGGCUGUUUGUGUUUUUCUAGGUCACUCGAAGUAAAUUAAAAAACUAGGUACUGUUUCCUUUUUUAUUUGUAUUUUUUUAGAUUAAAUGAUGCAAUUUAGUCUCGCCAUGUAAGGCUAUAUUGACGUACUUUUAAGGCAUUUGAAGUGGUGAAAAGAAAUUAUAUACGCUUCUCCAGCCAGAGAUGCUAAGGCUAUUGUCAAAUAUGUCUAAAUUCUAUUUUAUAUGAAAAUAAGACGUAUAACUUUUAUUACAGUCAAGUUGUACCCAACUAAAAAUGUUUCUCCAGUUUUUAAUGAUAAUAAAAUAAAAAUGCAGUGAGUAAAAGUGCCAGUUGGUUUGUCUAUUCAUUUCAAUUACCAAUGAAAUAGUUUUUUAUAACAACGAUUGACUAAUUUAGUGGGCACUUUUUUCAAUGAACUUGCUAUUGAAUGUCAUCAGAAAAAUCUUGUUGAAAUUAUCCCGUGUGCAGCGCGACAUAACUGUGACGUAAACUGUCACCUCACUUAAACGACUCAGUUAAACGGCAGGUCUGUAGACACGUAGGUUUAUUUUUUGUCAUUUUCCUAAAAGUGUUACCAUUUCGAAAUUCGUCAAUUUAAAAACAAAAUGUAAAAUUUGCGACCGCUUGACACGCGUUUGUUUAGUUCACUUUAUUGUUGAAGGUGUGAAAAGAAAAACUUCACAAACCGUUGAAAGUCACAUGAAUAAUUUGUCAAAUAUAAUCGUUUCCUCUUGACGCUAGUUUUGCAAAAUAUCAAGAAACAUUUUUACAGCAAUGUCAAUUUGUUGAAAUAUAUGUUAUUAUUGCAACGUGUAUUUAUAUCAAUACGAUUAUAAUUAUUACAAAUUAGUACUGAUCAAGAUAACACAUAUUUUAGAGAUAUUAUUAAUAUUAGUGAGUUUUGAAUCACUGUUUCUCAUAAAAAACAUAUUUUUUUUUGUGUAAAACAGACAAACGCUUGAGCAAUAUCUCCUCUGAUGUUAUGUGACGAUGUGGAUAUUGUAAUCAUACAAAACAAUGUUACCAUGUCAUAAGCAUAUUAAUAGUAGGGGCAGAGGGCCUUGCAAGAGUUCGUCCAGGGAACUACUGCCACCUUACCUAGCUUGCCAUGCUGUCAACUUACGUCUUAGUCUGACCUGAGCCGUAUCUGGCCCUCAAAGAUGGCGAUCCGUACACCGACCAAAUAUGGUCAAGCCAUUAUUGUAACUAAUUGAAAGUUCGUCUUCUUAUUCACAAUAAAAUUUUGUAUUCUUCAAAACAAUAUGGCGUCGCAGCAAUAACCAAUAUGGCGUCCUCGAAACGAUAUUUUCAAUGCAAUAAUAAUGACUCUGAAACAGAAUUUAAAAAAACGAAACAGUGAUUCAAAAAUCUUCUUUUAACAUGGACUACACAUUUUUAGUGUAGCCUCUAGGCCACGUCGGUGUUAUAUUAAACUCAGAAAAUUGUUCCAACACUUUGUAUUUACCAAAUAGAUAUCACUGUUACUGCAGAUAUUUUUGUAAUGUAUUUGUUUAUAGGUAUGCCUGAGUAUUAUUGCACUUAAGACCCUAGUCUUAGGUAAUGCGUUUUCUAGACUAAAACUUUGCUCACAUGAGGCAGGGUUUAAUAAUACAAAAAAAAUGGAAAACCAGCGGGGAAUGAUCUAUAGUUACAAUUCUAUGGCUCGUCGUAAGAUAAAUGAUUUUGUACUUUAAAUAUCGUACAAAACUGACAGUUAUUAAAAUCACUAUGUAAUGUUGCCACGUUUAUUGUAAUGUGUUUAGUCCAGUUCUCAACCCACUGAAAUAUAAUCAGUUAAAAAAUAACGUUACAAGUGUUUAUUAUUUCAUUAAAACUGGGAACUCAAUAAACGUCUUCUACUAUAUGUUAUUACCACGCACUUGUAUAUUAAACUGGACCGCGCACUAACUUAAUAAAACGAGCUGAGUGAGAGGGUUCAAAGUAGUAAUGCGUCUCUUUCUAAUAGGGUGUUCAUUCUUGUUUCAGGCAGCCAUAUUGUUUUUUACUUUUUAGUAUUUACAGAAAAUGUGGCCGCUUAUGGAUGACCAAAACUACUAAUAUAUCAUAAUACAAAUUGGUAUACAU